AUGUUACAUGAAGUUGUGAUGCUCUAUUUGGCUGUUGAAUAUAAUAAUAAUCAAUUGAAUGCAAUAAAUAUCCUUGGUCUUGUUAUAUGUCUUACUGGCAUAGUGUUUCAUUGUAUUCUUAAAUUCUAUACAUUACAAAAAGAAAAACCAUUGAAUAGUGAUUUAGUUGCUACUGAACGGUUACUUCUACGUAGAUUAGAGUCGACUGAUGAGUGGUCAUUAGAUGGUGAUUCAAAUACUCGACGGACAAAUCUCAAUGAUUGA